AUGGCUGAAGGAAAGAAAACUGAAACUAGUGGACGUAAUAAACAUAUGCUUAGUGGUAUUAUGGCAGUAUCUCAUAGGAUUACUGAUCAUAAAUUGAUUGGGGCGUCCAAUUAUGUUGAUUGGUCCACCAUUGUUACGUUUUAUCUUUGGGGUAUCAGAAAAUCCCGCCAUUUGACCGACGAGCCAAAAACGCAUGAUGAAGAUUGGAUGGCUAAUGAUGCUUGUCUUUUACUUGGCAUCAAGAACUCUAUUGAUGCUAAGAUUGUUAGCUUGGUUCGUCAUUGUGGGUAUUGUAAACAAAUUAUGGAUUAUUUGAAAUCUUUGUAUCUUGGAAAGGGUAAUGUUUCUCACUUAUAUGAUACAUAUAAGUCGUUUUAUACUACUGAUCCCCAAGGACAAUCUAUUCAUGAUUACUAUAUGCAGUUAAAGGACACCUUUGAGCAAUUGAAUGAAUUGCUACCUUUAAGCACAUAUAUCACGGUCCUUCAAGCUCAACGGGAACAAAUGUUUGUUCUCCGAUUUUUAUGUGGACUCAGUUCAGAAUAUGAAGGAGUCACUUCUCAGAUUCUCUCCAGAGCUAACAUUUCUGAUGGUGAGGAGGCUCUGACUCGUAUUUGGCGUAGUAACCUUGUUCUUUUAGCCACUCCUUCUGUUCCUCCUUCUACCGCUCUUUAUAGUCGAAGACAUACUUUUGACCGCUCUUUUGAGGGUCCAACCCGGGGGAGCACCCGGGACAUGCGAAGUCCAAAUGAUGGCAGUAGAUCUGUUGAACAGGACAUGCGAAGUCCAAAUGAUGGCAGCAGAUCUCUUGAAUGCUUUUAUUGUCAUGAGCCUGGUCAUACCAAACGAACUUGUCCUCUUCUCAAGGUCAAGGAGAAACGGUAUCGGUCUGCUCAAGUUGCUACUAAUGAAUUUACACCCUCUGCUCCAUCAACUGCUCAAUCCUACACUCUUACUACGGAUGAAUAUGCAUGCCAAGUCAUUAAUUAUGGUGCUACAAAUCAUAUGACAGGUAAUUAUAAACUAUUCACUUCUUAUAAUAAGACUUUUCCUUCCCACGUUACCGUAGCCAAUGGUGCUCAAUCUUCGGUUACUAUUUCUGGUACUAUUAAUCCAACUUCAUUACUUUCCCUUUCCACUAUUGAUCUUAUGACGAAACAAGUUAUUGGUAGUGGACGGGAAUCUGGUGGUCUCUACGUUUUGGAAACAACCGUUAGAAGACCUGUUGCUUGCUCUACUUUUCAAAAGUUGUCUAGCUUAGAUUGUAAGUCAUGUCAAUUUGCUAAACACCAUCGUUUGACUUAUGUUCCUCGAGUCAAUAAAAGGUCUAAUUUUCCGUUUGAAUUAGUUCAUUUUGAUGUUUGGGGUCCUUAUUCUGUUGUGUCUAAACCAGUUCAUACUUCACGAAGUCACAAUGCAAAAGAAUACUUGUCUGGUCCUUUUCAAAUUUUUAUGUCUCAGAAUAGCAUUCUUCAUCAAACUUCUUGUGUCGAUACACCUUCACAAAACGGUUUAGCUGAGCGUAAGAAUCGUCAUCUUCUUGAAACUGCUAGAGUUCUUUUAUUUCAAACACAGGUUCCAAAAUAUUUUUGGAUAGAUGCUGUUUCUACAACAUGUUUUUUUAUCAAUCGCAUGCGUUCUGCGGUGUUGAAUGAGCUUCCUGUUUAUUACAUGUCUCUAUAUUUAGAAUGUCGGGUUCUAUUGAAAAUAAACUUGAGAGUUACACGAAACGAUUCACAUGGAUAG